GUUUGACAAACACGCUUUCGUGUGUACCUACAAUUGCUUGCAACAAAUAGUAAAGAUAACGUAAAUAUUAAACUAUCAUCGAACAAUGAAAAAUUUGACGAUCACUCGACGUAGCAGUAGAUCCUUAAAAUUUUUAGAGAAUAAAAUUUUAAAUGAUUCAACAAUAUUGUACACUGUCGAUACAACUAAUGAUGAUUUUUACUUCUUAUUAAAAAAUAAAAUAUACAAACUGCCGUCCGACUAUGAGAAAGAUAUAAUUUCGUUCGAUAUAGAAUUAGAGUUAGAGUUUAUUAGUUUAGAAUAUUGUAGCAUAUUGCAAGAAUUAUACGGUGCUUGUAAAUCUGGUGAUAUUGUGAGAAUUAAUGUAGGAUCUGAAUUAGAGUGCGAAAUAAUAAGUCGACUGAAUGUAAAUUUGCAAUGUAUGAAGCUAAGCCCAGACCAUGAAAUAAUAAUAGUAAUUACAGCUGAUGGUAUUGUAAUUACGAUGGUAUCUACUUUUCAAAUAAUAUCGGAGGUAGAUCUGCAUGCUUUAGAUUUUGGUCAAAAACAAUUUGAAACUGUUGGAUGGGGUAAAAAGGAAACUCAGUUUCAUGGAUCGGAAGGAAAGAAAGCAGCAGUAACAAAACCAACAGAAAUCAGUAAAAAUGAAUCGGAUGAUGGGUUAUAUAGAGUAACUUGGCGCGAAGAUGGUUCGUUAUUCGCUGUUGGUUUCUUGAACCAAAGAAAUGGAAUACGGCAGUUUAAAGUAUUUAAUAGAGAAGGUGUUUUGCAAUACACAAGCGAGCUUGCUAAUGGUUUACAAGAAUCACUAUCAUGGAAACCAUCUGGAAGUUUAAUUGCAACAACGCAACAAUCGCUUAACAAGCAUGUUGUUGCACUUUUUGAGAAGAAUGGCUUAAAGCACAGAGAAUUUGCACUUCCUUUUAAACAGGGAGAAAUUAGGGUGAAGAAUUUAUUUUGGUCGCUAGAUUCAGAAGUUUUAUCCGUUUGGUGUCAAGCGCAAGAUGAUUCUUCGAUUUUGCAACUAUGGACAGAAAAUAAUUAUCACUGGUACUUAAAACAAACGAUCAAAUUCACUACGGAUAAUUCAUUGAUGUGCGCAACAUGGAGCACAACGUUCUUUUGUAAUAAAUUAAUUCUUUUAACGCGCAAAGAAUUUAUCACUUGCAAUUAUAAUUGGCGCGUUGAUCAUAGCAGAGGCAAAAGUGAACGCGAUAAAUCUGUCAUUGGAAUAAUCGAUGGAAAUCAUUUGUUAAUGACUGGUCUUAGAAUAGGAAUUGUACCACCGCCGAUGGCGCAUCAAACUUUAAAAACUUCUGAAUGUAUAAAUGCUAUUGUCUUUGCACCAGAUAUAACAAGCGAAGAUUCGUGGAUAGACAGUAACGCAUUAUUUUGUGUUUCCGACACCAACAAAUUAAUAUUCUAUAAACAUGCACUUGAUUCGUUUAUGCUGGAGUACAAAUACGUUGGAUCAUACGAUAUUAAAUGGACUGUUCCAAUAGAAUUUGAAGAUUCUGUACAUAACAUGCACCAUUUCCUUUGGCUUAAUGAUAAUAAUGUUUUGUGUUCAUUAUCAACGACCAACCAUAGUUUCCUUUGCGUCUUGACUUUAGAUGCGAUAAAUGACGAAACUCAAGGUCAAGUAACAGUAGAACAAAUGCACAUUACGGAUGGUUUAAUUCAACACAUUGUUCCUUCUCCGGACGCAAAAGAAGCUUAUCUGGUAGUAGAAAACUCCGUGGUUAAAUAUACAAGGGAGGGAGAAUUAAUUCCAAUUAAUAUACAAUUACCAGAAUACACUUACAAAGUGGAAAUUGUGAAGAUAGCUACGAAACAUGUUAUACUAUCACUAUCUUACAGAUAUUCCUUUUCAAUAAACGGGAAACAGAUCGCUAAUAAUGUUACAAGCUUUUUUGUUCAUUCAGAAUUUUUGCUUCUUACAACUUUACAACAUACGUUAAUAUGUGUCCACGUAAAUGAGGAACGCUUCGAGGAAUUAGGCAAGCAAGACUUAACUGUCAAGCCAUGGGAAAAUUCUCCCCAUGAAAAAUCGUUCACGGAUCUAAAUGUGAGACGAAUAGAAAGAGGAUCUCAAUUGAUCGCAGCGAUCCCGAAGGAUUCAAAAACUAUUCUACAAAUGCCUCGCGGAAACUUGGAAUGCAUACAACCGAGAGCUCUAUCCUUGUACAUUAUUGGCUUUUAUUUAGAUAACUGCAAUUAUCUUCUUGCUUUCGAUUUAAUGCGCAGACAACGAAUAAACUUGAAUUUGAUUUACGAUUACGAUCCAAAGAAAUUUGUCGAAAACGCUGUUAAAUUCAUCGAACAAGUUUCAAAACCGAGCUGGUUAAGUUUAUUAUUGUCCGAGUUAUCGGACGAAGACGUUACUGCAACAAUAUAUGCGAAUUAUUAUCGAAGGGAUAACAAAAAAUCAGAUACCGUCGCGAUGAAUAAAGUAGAAUUAGUUUGCAAUUUAUUGCGAAAUAUUAUGGAGAAAAGCAACAAUGCUGAUCAUUUGAUCCAACCAAUAUUAAUCAGCCUAGUUAAAGAUAAAAGAACGCAAGGCCUAGAGGGAGCGCUAACUAAAUUAAAAGAAAUCCGAAAACUCGAGGACUCUAAAGGAAACGUAGACUGCAUAACGUCGGACGAAGCGUUAAAAUAUUUAUUGUACAUAGUGGAUAUAAAUGUGUUGUUCGAUACAGCGUUAGGAAUGUACGAUUUCGAUUUGACGAUGUUUAUCGCAUCCAAGUCGCAGAAGGAUCCUAAAGAAUACAUUCCGUUUCUAAAUAAUUUGAUAAAACUCGAUGAAAAUUAUAUGAAGUAUUCCAUCGAUUUGCACUUGAAGCGUUACGAAUCUGCGCUUGAGCAUAUAGCUAAGGACGCGAACAGAUUCAACGAAUGUAUAAAUCUGAUACGCGAUCACGAUCUGUACGUGAAAGCUAUGAAAUUAUUUGAAAAGAAUAGCGAACAAUACAAAGAAGUAACAAGAAUUUACGGAGAGUUCUUAAUGAAAAAGAGGCAUUAUCAAGAAGCUGGAAUUAUCUUUCACAGGAGUGGCGAUUUAAAACAUGCUUUGGACGCUUACAAAUUAAUUGGCAAUUGGCAAGAAGUUGUCAUCUUGUCCACUCAAAUGAAAUUAAGUGUAGAGGAGAAGCAUGCGCUUUACAAGGACCUUGUAGAACGAUUAAAGAACGAUAAACGAUACGAGGAAGCCGCGUGUAUUUUAACGAAUUACUUACAAAACACGGACGAAGCAUUGGUUUCUUUAUGCAAUGGAAAACGAUGGAAGGAUGCUGUAAGAAUUGCACACGAUACAGGAUGUAUAGAAUUGAUCGAGUCACGCGUAAAAUUAAGCGUGUAUGAAUACGCUGAUCACGUAAUGUUUCAAAUACAAAAGAAUAAGCAAGAUUUUGAGCAAUAUAAAUCGCGUCUCGCCGCAGUCAGAGCACAUAUUUCGCAGAGAAAUGCAAAGUCGUUUAAUGGAGUAUUUUGUGAUAACGAAUCAAUAUACGAUAGAGGUAUUUCGGACAUUUUCAGCGAUACGAGUAGUGUUACUAACUCAACAGUGAGUCAAAAAUCGAGAUUUUCCAGUAUAUCUGGAAAAAGUUACAGAUCGGGCAAGAAUCGUAGAAAACACGAAAGGAAACUUUUAAGUUUAAAGGAAGGCAGUGCAUUCGAAGAUUUAGCAUUGAUACAAGCUUUACAUCAAGUAAUCAGUAACACAUAUAAAGAAAUGGACGAUUUACACGCAUGUGUACAAAUGCUUGUAUAUUUUGACGAUGAUGAUUGUGCAGAGAGAUUGCAAAAUUUUAUGCAACAGUUUCUCCUUUUAAUACAAAAGAGUAAAUCUGAAAUUUGGGAUAAAUCCGCGCCUUCGAGCUUAAAUGAAAUGGAGAAUGCUGAACUUACAAUGUCGACGGAAUUUCCAGGAUUGUCUGCAACUCAAAAAUUAAUCGAACCUUACGUUACGCGUCCACCGACGGCUAUUUCCUCGCCCAGGAAACUGAAUAUAUUUUAAUACUUAAACACAAUGAAU